AUGUACCAGUCAGUGUCGGCUACGACCGUUGAAUGUGGAUUGUUGUACUCGAUGGCAAUCUUUGUCUACGUUCUGACUUCGAUUCUCGCGGCUGAGUCUUCAGACGAGAAAAAGUUGGCGGUAGAAGUCAUUCAGUGCACGAUCCUCCAUAUUACUGGAAUAUCUCCUACACUUAUUGCGGUGCGCAUAGGGUUAGGAAAGGAAUUCGAGGACAAUCUAGCCAACCCGGACGCAGAUCGGAUGCAAACGGCAAACGCAUGA